GCACGGCUGAAGAGGCAUUCGACAGACGUGAAGGAUGAUUAACUAUCAAUGUUUAUGACUUAAGCGGAGUGUCUGCACCCUAAAUUAUGGAAGAAGGAUCGGAAAGGAUUUCUACACCGAUCCGCUCACCUUCAGAAAAAGAUUCUGUAAUUCUUAGCCGUGCCAGUGCGGCCAGUUCGCCCUUUGGCUUUCGCAAGGUAAUCCUAUACGUUCAAAUUAAGGUAACCUCUAGGCAGCUUUCAGAGGUUGUUAGACACUAAAACAUUGAAAAUGUUUUGAUGGAUUAUAGGCUGCGCUCAGCCCUCCAACUGGUAUUUUACGAAGAGAGUCCACAGGGUCUUUAUCACCCGAAGAUAACUUCUUUCACAGUGCUCAGGAUAAGGAAGACGAUGAGGGGUUUGAUACUGACCUGGAGAUGGAAGGUAAGAUAAAUUUUGAUUACGGUAGAGAUCUUCUAUCGUCAAAACUUAAAUAUAUACGGUUUCGUGUAACAAAUGAUGAAAGCGAAACGAACUGAAAUGACCAAUUAGAACCUAUGAAUUAUUUAAAAGUGAUUUUCAGAACGAAAUGCCCAUUGCACUGAAGAAGAAAGUCCUUAAACGAGUUUCACUUUUCUAAGAGUUUAUUUAUUGAACAGGAUUUCAAGUACUCUGCCAGUAAUAUCCUAACAGGUGUCUUUAUUCUCGCAGUUUUAAUAUUGUAUGAAAUAUUGGCGAAGUUUUCAAUUGUUGUUGUAUUGGAAGGGAUGUCUUCAUCAAUUAUUAUCCUACCGAUAAAUUUUUACUUAAUUAAUCCCACAAGGAUAUUUAAGCUUGAUCAGUAAACCGAUUCCACAUAAGAAACUUUUUUUCCGAGGUAUUUUUUUCUUCUUUUUUCACUUUAAAAUCAAAUUUUGCCUCGCGUCUCGAAGGAAUUUUUGCGUGUAAUAACAUGCAAAUUAAAGAACGAUACGCUUACUACUUUAACAAGAAGUGAAUAUGUUAGAGUGUUUCUCUCACGAAUGUUUUUGUCAUUUGAAGGAUGAAUUUUGUAAUUGUGGCUACACAGGUUUUGCCUGGAAAUUGAUGAAUUACACGUUUAAGCAACUCGUUCUUUUUGUCAAGUUACACGGAUAACUAUUCGGAUUUCAGUGUGAUGAAAUUCCGUGACUUUUUCCCAGACAUGGGCGAUUCCAUUUCUUUUAAUAACGUCUAUGCAUGAAUUGUUGUUGAGGGAAUUGCAUUUGUUAUUUAAAUUUCAUUUGUUUCUAAAUAUAGUAUUAACAGACUUGCUGCAAAAAUUCCAACCAAUUUGUUCAAACCAUCAUUUUUUUGCAGGUAUUAAAGUAUUGCGCUAGCAAAAUAUAUCAAAUAUACUGACCUCUAUCAUGUAGAAGCCCAGAACUAUUUUCUAGAAAAAAGCUCACUUUCAUUAAAUAAAUACCUCAUGAAGAGAAAGAUAUUUUUCACCUCCUCACAAUCAUGGAACAAAGGAAAAAAUACUGAGUCCCCAUGAGGAAUCAAACCUCAGGCCUUCAGAUUCCGCAGUCUGAUGCUCUACCAGUGAGCCAGAGAGACUCUAUGGUGAGCAAGGUCUACUAUGAAGUUCAUAUGACAUGUUCCUGCAUACUGCAAGGAUCAGCAAUGUCGAUAGCAUCAUGUUUGUUAAUAGAAUAAGAGAGAUGGCAAGUUUUGAACUUGGUAAAGAAAUAGAGAAAUACGCUUUUCGUCUUGUUAUAAGGGUGGAAUCUAGAGGUCUGAGGUUUGAUUCCUUAUGGGGACUCAGAAUAUUUUUCUUUGUCCCACACUUGUGAAAAGACAAAAAAUAUCUUUCUCUAUUUCUUUAACAAGCUUCAAACUUACCCUCUCUUUUAUCGUACUUACCUUACAAAUAAUUUUUUAUGCAUUCUUCCAAAAUUUUAGUACCAAUUUAUUUGCCUUUUUUAUAUUAUUACAGAGGGUAAAGAAGAGUAUGAUGUAACUGGAAGAGCAACAUAUCUCCAAGCUUGCAGGGAUUCUGGUGUCAUUCCAGUUUCAUAUUUUCAUCGAAACUUGCAACAACCUGACAUUGACAUCAAGCAUCAUGGCUUAGGACCAAUGGGUGCAAAGGCAAUAGCUAUAGCUCUAGUGGUGGGUGUCAUGUUCAACUUUGCUGGUUAUCCUGUGCAAUGAAAACACUGCCUCAUCUCUAUCUAACUAGGUGGAGGGUUGUGAGGGAAGGGGAGGGUGAAGUGCACUGACUCACCUCUUCCCUCCCAAUGUGUGUUGAUGAGGCUAUGUUAAGAUGAAAAAUGUCCUUUGUUACUUUCAUGAAAUGACUUUAAAGAAUAUGUGUGUAUCUUCAACCCACUAACUCCCAUGAGUGACCAAGACAGAAUUUCUCCUCACUAUAUCUUUUACAAUAUCACGUAGAUAAGUGAUGAGAUUAAAGAAAAAUAUCAAUAUCAAUAUAUAUAGGAUUACUAAUUGAUCUGAUUCUAAAUUUUCCAAACUAACAUAAUGAGAAUCUUUUAGAGGACAGUAAAGAGAAUUACUAAUGACAUCUUGGGAGUUAAAGGGUUUAGGUCAACUGUAAUAAUUAAUUAUUAAACUCAUCUUUUUAACUUUUAUAGAAUCUCAGGUACUUAAGGAAGUACAGUUGUAUACUGCAUGUUUUUGGUGUCUCAUGCUAUUCAUUGGACAUCAAUUUUUAUUUUGCAUAACAGACUAAUACAUCAGUUAUCAAGUUAAACCUGGCAGAUAACUGGAUUGGUUCAGAGGGAGCUGGAUAUAUUGCUGAAAUGCUACGAGAAAACUGUUACAUUGCUGACCUGGUAUGACAUUAUAACACAUUUGUUUCUUUUCUAGCAGUUUAGGUAUGGUUUCAGAUAGUGAUCAUUGAAUAUUGCUGGUAUUAUUAACUCUCACCUUUAACAUGUUAAAAUAGAUGCACCCAUAGUAUUCAAUUAUUGUUUUUUAAUUAUUUUGUCUCAAAGGAUUUAUCAGAAAACAAACUGGGUGCAGAUGGAGCAGAAUCUGUGAAAGACAUAUUACUUCAUAACUCAAAUAUCACCAGAUUUGUUGCAAAUGGUGAGCAUAGAGAUCAUUUCUGACAAGAUUUGUUUGAGCCAACCCGUAAGGUUAUUGAGUCCACAAGAGAAAGUUCAAACAGUUGAGAAAGACAAGGUGUUAAAGUAGAAAUGACAGAAAGUAGUUAGAUAUUAGAUCAUUAUCUGUACUAUUCCAAACUACUCUGUACUAUCCAUUUGCUGUGACGAAGUGUUGGAGACUGGGCUGGAAUGUUGUUGAGUUUUGAUUGACACUGCAUGUGACUGCAGUCAUGCAUGUCUGUUUGGAGAGAUUGUUUUUUCUUUUUUUUCUUAGAAAAAGGCAUGGGAGAAUAAAACAACAGUUGUGUUUAUAGAAAGAAAACCUGUAAUUGUGAAUUAAGGAUACUAAAGUUCUAUUGCCACAGAGGCAUCAUCGAUAAAAGAGCCAACACUGGAAAUGUUAGCUUUAGUAACUCAGUCGAUAAAACCAAAUGAUCUUGUCAUACCCUCACUGAUGCAGCACCUCCUUUAUCCAUACUACUGUUAGGGAUGGUAUUUGUUAUUGCUUGCUCCAAAUCAGGAAUAUCUCACUGCUUUUUUUAAAAAUUAAUAUUAUCUUCUAGGCAAUGGUUUUGAUGACAAGGCUGUUCAGAUUCUGGCAGAAGCUAUAAAGGUAGGGGAAACCCUUGUAAAAGUAUAAACUAAGUACUUUCAUUAACAAAUGAACAAACUUUUAACAAUGUAAAUUUUCUCUACUCUAUGUUUUAGAAUAAUACCAAAGUGAAGUAUUUUAGCUUGAGUCAUAACCAGUUGGGAGAAAAAGGUGGCCAGAAUUUAGCCCCUGCAAUAGGUAAGUAAUAUUUUUAUAUUUAUUUAGUUAGAUUUAGUCAAUAGUUAUAACUCUUUUGAAAUUAGAGGUCACAAGAUUUCAGGAAUGAUAAAAUCAUCGUAGUAUUAACCAAUAUACACUGAAAGAAUUUGCUUGAAUUUUUAGGUUGUGGUAUAAUGAUUUGACUGGUCUAAAGAACUCAGGGUAGUAUCCUUAUGAUUUUUUUUCUCACUAGCUGCAAAUGAUAAAAUUGACCAUUUGGAUCUGAGCUGGAAUCAUUUGAGAAAUAAAGGGGCUUGUGCUGUGGCAUUAUCUCUGAAGGUUAGUUGAAGUGAAUCUUGUCUCUACUUCUCACACUAGCUAUAGAUAACAAAAUUCAUCAUUCAACGUUCCUUCUGAUCAUCUUUCUUGAUAAUGGAGAAUGGGACUAACCAAACUCUCCUCUUGUCAGACAAUAGAGGAGUAGGUUAUGAUAAUACACCUUUCAAACUUGUUUCAGAUUGUAUUUUAGUGACAGUACCUGGCCAUUCGUUACAGCACUCUUCAUUUUGAUAAAGAGAAGUCUUAAAGAUACAUUUUAAAUACUACUAUGAUUUUAUUUUAUUUUUCAACGGGUUUAAGAGCCCAAUUGAGUGAUCGUUGUGUGUUGAUUCUGUUUUAACUGUGGGAGACACAGUUAAAACAGAGGACUUUGACUCAAGAGGUCUGGGUUCCAGACCUGGCCAGGUCGAUGUGUUGUGUUGUUGGGCAGGACACUUGACUCUCUCAGCGCAGAGAUAAGCUGCGGCUGGGUGGGCCAUAAUGGCUCGAGUAAACCUUAAACUUUGCUUUAACUAUUGCAGGAGAAUUUUACUCUUAAAAUUCUUAACUUGGCAUGGAAUGGAUUUGGAAAUGAUGGGGCGUUAGCCAUGGGGGAAGCGCUAAAAGUGAACACAACGUUAAGAGAGUUAGAUCUGACGUAAGUGGAAAAAAGAGGCUUUAUCAUUUAGAUUGCUUAUUGUAUAAAUAAAACGAAAGAGAUCCCAACAUCCAGCAAGGAGGAAAUGUUACAAGGAGCCAACCAGAACUCAAGAUAAAAGCAAUUGAAUUGCUGGAAGUGCAAGAAAUAGUGGGUGACAAAGGCGCGAUCGGUUUUAGGUUUUUAUGAUGGGUAUCUUUCACCUCUGUUUACCUCCAUUUUGCUAGCUUUAGGAAAGGGAAUGUUGAGCUUACUGUUUCAAGCGGUGAAUUACUAUGAAUCAUUUAAACUAUUUUGAAAAGCAGAUUUUUAAUUGGGCAUCUAAGAUUUUAUUAUCAUUUUAAUUUCAGGAAUAACAGAAUAACGGCGGAAGGUGCAGUGUAUUUGGCGAAAGGUUUAAUGGUUAACACGUGUCUUCAGGUGUUAAAGGUAGGCCUGCAAAAUUUUCACAUGGUUUGAUUUUAAAAGGCGAAUUCCAAUAUUUGCGUUUAUUUCUAUUCCAGUGAUUUCUAAAUAUUUAUUUAUUUGCCUCUUUUUACAAAGUUAAUGUUAAAAUAUUUAAAACUUUGUUUUAGAUUGGAAAGAACCCGAUGCAAAGUCCUGGAGCGUAUGCUCUUGUGAACGCCAUGAAAAAUAAUCUGGAAUCAAAAUUGAUUGAGGUUGAACUGACGGUGAGGCUUAGAUAUAUGAAGAACAAAUUUUUCCUUGUAGAUAAGCAAUUUUACUCAAAUCCUUAUCACAUAAAAGUCGAAGAUAAAAGGAGUCUUCAUGACAACAACAAUCUAUUCCCCCUUAAAAGGAAUCUGAAAAUUAUCCCAAGGAUCGAAUUACCAAAAACCGAGGUGGGAUCGAGUUGGAAUUUCGCCGACUGAUUUACAAGGCUAUACUGGAGCAGUUCUAGGUUAUGGAUUUUAUUUGGCUGUUCCCUUUUCAAUGGAACGAGAGCCAGGUCUCCAUGUAGUCUCUUAGUAAGCCAUGCUUUACAGUUUUGUCAAUCAAUACCGCUCAUUAGAGACUGGGUUCGUGUCGUGGUCUUGGAAAAUCUGGAAAGUCCUUAAAUUUUAUUUUGACAGUUUCCAGGACUCGAAAGUCCUGGAAAAGGACUACAGGUCUUGAAAAGUCUUGAAAACCUUGCGAACUUAAGCAAAAAACUACAAGAAAUUGAUGUAGACCGUAAGGAGAAUUGAUUUUGAAAUCAUGGGAAAAAUCAAUCUCAGAAGUGGAAAAGUCCUUGAAAUGUGUUUCUGAGACAGGGUACGAACCCUGUAGAAAAAACAAACUUGCAAUUUUUCGGAGAGGCUAUCGUGGUAGUGGCUAUCCAAAGUUUACCAUGAUUUCUCUCUUCUGUAAGCUUCUUACACAGUUGAUGCACUUUUUUAGGACAUCACGGUUAAUAAUGACUUUGUGGAGUUAUGUAAGGAAGUGCAGCAACUUAGACCUGACAUGAAAAUUAGACACGGAGGAACAGGGGGUGCACCAUUUAAACCCAAGAAUCGUCCAACGCCCAUGAAAAUACUAAAGAAUUACAUAGAGGAUAAUAAGAUGCGACUGUUGGAUCUGUUCAAUACUCUGGACAAGGAUAAAAGCAUGAAUAUCACUGUGAAAGAAUUUGCUGAUGGAUUAAAGGUGAGGUCCUUGUCUGAUCUAUUUUCAGAUAUAGAUUGUAGGUGUAUAUUGGCUAAUAGAAUGACUUGUAUGUCCAAAUUUGGUCAUGUUCGAGCCCAUUCUCACCGUUAACAACUUCAUAAACUAGCGCUUCCCUCUUGACCAAAUAGAUGCUGAACCAAAACAUUGUGUUACAUUGCUAUUCGCGCUUUCCCGCGCUUGGGGUCGUUUGAACGUUUGUCCUUUGUUCGUUCUGAUUGGCCAGUAUGUUUGCCCUGGUUCUGGUUGCAUUCAGUUCAAAAAUGCUCUAUUGGCGCUUUAACUCCUAGAAGUGAUCAACAUGUAACUUCUCCCUAAAAUAUCCACACAUUAUGCUGCAAACGAUCAAAAAACCAAAAUCACAUAACUAAUUUACAAGGGAAUGUGUAGCAGCUAGAGGGGAGAAUUAACAAUCAGAUCUUGGGAGUUAAACGGUUAGCAAAUGCGCAUAUGAAAUUCAGGUUGUGAUAUUAGAUGUUCUUUUUUGUGGCUGUCUCAACAGGAAACCGGAAUUGACAUGAAUUAUAUAGAGCUGUACAAACUAAUAGAGAGCUUAGACAGAAACAAAGAUGGCGAAAUUAAUUACAGGUACGUGGCAAGUGUUUUUAUUGUUAUGACUUUUCAAGGAACUCAACUCAUUGUGUGAACAUUGUUUGAAGUGCACUCCAAGGGAAUUUUACACAACCCCAACUUUCUAGACGUGGAAAAAGAUAAAAGCAUUCAUAGGAUGGGAAUAAGUCUGUAGUUAUUUUCAAGCUAGAGCAUAUGCUCGGUUUCUGUCUGCUUUUUUUAAGGUAGCCGAAUUUAUCGUUAAUUACGCGACCAAACAUUUGACACGGUUUGAUCGUUAAAUUUUCAGUCUUUGGGCAAACCCCCAAAAACUGCCUCUCUCUUCUUUCCGUUUGAUCUGACGCAUUUUCCACGAGUUUGGAAAAUGAAAUUUGCAUAAGGGUUUGGAAAAAGUGGAAAAUUUUGAUUUCUGUAUAAUAAUUAUAAUAAUUUUUUUUUCGUUGUAGUGAACUGGUGAUGGGUUCUUUAGAGCAACAAAUAGAAGACCGGAAGGAAAAGAUCAAAGAAAAGGCGCAAAGUGCGCGGAGGAAAAAAAUUUUAUCACCCUCAUGAUAAUGUUUAUUUCCCCAAACUGUGAACUCUUUACUGUUUACUUCACAACGUCCAAUCAGAGUGAAGGUGAAUAAGGAACCAAUGAGAACUCAAAGAAAAAAACAAGCAAACGUCCAAAAGCGCGGGAAAACGAGAGUAACGUAGUUGUGAGUAGUUUUGAUCAGCAUGAUUUGAUUGGUUGAAAGGGUGGCGCGGGUUUCCAGGAGUGUGAAGUAACUCCUAACCAAAGCUAUGGCGGGUCACUUUCGACAAUCAAUCAAAAAUUGCUGUUAGGAAAGGUAAUUCUUACAACUUGAGGGCAAUAAUUCAUGUAUCACAUAAUGAGAAGUUCAGGUUAAUCCAACCAAGAAUCUAAGGAAUUAAAUUGUGAACUCUAUGCAUUUAACCAACUUUUGUGUAACUGGAGUUAAAACGAACAUCCUCAACCUCGGUAAAUGAAAUGUUGUUGGUAUUCAACAUGUUGGCGAAAGCAGCAGACAGAUUACCAGUUCAAAUAAUUUUAUUUUUAAGCUGGUAGAAAUCUCUUGAGUUACUAGUUCUUUCAGUAUUUAUAAUUUUCAGUGGCCAUUGGACCUCCUUCUUAUGAAGACUUGGAACACUAGACGAGUUUUUCUUCCUCAAUGCGUAGCUUGUUUAGUUUAUCUCUCAUGUAAUACGUGCGCUUUGAUUGGUUGAUUAAGCGAGCCGUACAUCGCUUUGCAGCACGCUAGAAUGUGAAGCUGAUUUUGUUGCAAGAGAAACGAUUGUUUUUUUUUCUCUGAUUUAUUUUUCACUGCCGCGUAAUUCGAACUCUUUCUUCAAACCUAUCAGACAAAGUAGCAAUAUGAUAAGCUUAAUAGUAUUACAGUUUCACUGCUACUAGAAACAGCAGCCCGGUAGCAGUGCUCUUUCAACUCAAAGAUACAAAAUAGAUCAUAUAUAUUUUAGGGAAGAAGGAAAAUUCUUGUAUACUAGC